UCUCCGGAGUAAGGUGUGGGAAACUUAUCCUCAGUUCCUCUCAGCACCCGGAGACAUGAGCUGGUUUCAGCUCCUGGUGGUUCCGCUACUGCUGAAUCCAACCCUAGGACGUGUAUACUCUCCUUCUCAUCUACCCGUCCUAAUUCCACCAUUAACUCAGGAUCAAACAUCAACAAAACCAGGACUUCCGGAGCACAAGGAUGAAUCAAACCCCGAGGAAAAUUCUUUUCUCCCCGUCCUUACUCUGGCAAUACCUGGAGAAAAGAACAAAACAACAAUUCCUUCUGACGAAGACCAAAAAUCGUUCCUUCCUGUAAAGAGUCAUAAACCGUUCCUACCAACACUAAACCAUGUCCCGUUCCAUGAAAAGGUUGACAAUUCUAAAAUACACCUAGAGCUUAACAACCCAGCGUUCCUUCCAAUUCAAAACCAUUCCUCCUAUCUGGAGACGAAAGCUGAAAGCUUUCUUAAUUCCAGUGAAUCUGUCGGAGAUGAUCUUGCUAAAGUAUCCGUCCGUUCUCUUCCUAUGCUUCCUUCUACCCGGAGUAUUAUUCAUCCAAGAAGUGUGUAUCCCGACAAUGGUUUGGAUCUCAGCCAACAAUAUUCUCCAUCCUACCUCCAAUAUCUUCAAGGUGGUCCGUAUAUAUUUUACAACCAGAGAGGAAACCUAGGUUAUCCUGAUCCUUCUCUUUAUUCUCCUUCAUCCUCUCUUCCUCAACAUCAUUCACAGUUCUCUCCGUAUUCUCAGCUUUAUCCGUAUUCUCCAUCCUACUCUCCCGCUAUUUUCCCUCCUGGUUAUUCAAAUCUGUAUAAUCCUUCCAAUCCUUCUCUAAUCCAGCAUGAACCUUUCACUCCUUCAAGUGCUUCACCAUUUAAUCCUUCUUCAUCCACUUUAUCUCCAGCAGCUCUAUCAACCCCUUCCCCGUCUAGUUCUCCUCCUUCCAUUCCUUCUCCCUCUACUACUUCUCCUUCUUCUCCUUCUACUCCUUCUCUAUCUACUCCUUCUUCUUCUACUCCUUCUCCAUCUACUCCUUUUCCUUCUACUCCCUCCCCUUCUACUUCUUCUCUUUCCACUCCUUCUUCUCCUUCUACCCCUUCUCCAUUCACUCCUUCUCCUUCCACUUUGCCAACUCCUUCUUUGUUCCUAUUGGACACAAACGAGAUAUAUAAUACUGAUGUAAGGUUCAAAAAGGAGAUAAACAACGGAAACCCUGGAUCAAAGAUUUGGACCGAGUCUAAUCAUGGUACAGCAAUUACUCAUCUUCAACACGUGUUGCAACCUCAUAAACACGUGUCCAUUGACAUGCAGGCUGUUAACAACUUUAACGACGGGAAAGGAAACUUCCAAUUUUUCACAAUAAAGAAGAACUCAGAGGAAGAAAAUGAAGAAGGAAUUUACUUACAAUCAAGAGGUUUCCAGCCAACAGUCGAGUCAGCAGGAAUAAUUUUCCCGAAUUUCCCCUCAAAUGUAAAUUCUAUACAACCUGAUUAUUCAACCAGAGGUCGUCAUCCUCUUACUGAUUAUGCAACUAGCAGUCCUGAUUAUACGACUAUCAGUUCUAAUUAUGCAACUAGUAGUCCUGAUUAUACGAUUAUCAGUCCUUAUUAUACAACUAGUAGUCCUGAUUAUGCAACUAGUAGUCCUUAUUACACAACUAGUAGUCCUGAUUAUACAACUAGCCGUCCUGGUCUUGUUCCUGAUUAUAACGCUAGAGGUCGUCAACCCCUUUCUGAGCAAACAACUAGAGGUCGUCAUUAUGUUUAUGAUGUACCAACCAAAGGACGUCAUCCUGUCUCUGAGUAUACAACUAGAGUUCGUAAUCCUGUUCCUGAUUUUACAAUAGAGAAUCUUAAUCAUAUUCCUGAUCAUCCCAGUCCUGAUCCUGAUUUUACGACUAGCAGUCCUAAUCCAAUACCUGAUUACACAAGUAGGAGUUCUGAACCUAUACCUGAUUACACAAGUAGCAGUCCUGAACCUAUACCUGAUUACACAAGUAGCAGUUCUGAACCUAUUCCUGAUUACACAAGUAGCAGUUCUGAAUCUAUACCUGAUUACACAAGAAGCAGUUCUGAAUCUAUACCUGAUUUCACAAGUAGCAGUCCUGAACCUAUACCUGAUUUCACAAGUAGCAGUCCUGAACCUAUACCUGAUUACACAAGUAGCAGUUCUGAAUCUAUACUUAAUUUCACAAGUAGCAGUCCUGAAUCUAUACCUGAUUUUAAAAGUAGUAGUUCUGAAUCUAUACCUAAUUUCACAUUCAGUAAUCCGGAUUCAAUACCUGAUUUUACAAGUAGCAGUGGUAAUCUUAUAAUUGAUUUAUCCGAAAGUAAAUCCUCAAAAGUAAUCGUUAAUUCUGAACCGAAUGAUUAUCCCAGAAUUCCAAGAACUAUUACUCCUGGUCCUGAGAUGUACAGAUCCCAGAUAUCUUACCUUAAACCAACAUCAAGUUCCAAAGCACAUCCUACACCAAACCCUCCUUCAAGGCGGCAUACCGUUUCAUCUUCAACCCCAGAUCUUCUGCAGACAAAAUCAACAACAAUUUCAACGUUAUCAACAGGAUUGCCACUCGCCACUACAACUGUUGAAACAGUAGCAACAACAAAAGUGUCUACAACUCUGAAACCUCGUGUUCUCCAUCCUACUCUUAAUCCUGAGCACGUCAGACAGCUGCCAAUCCUAAGAUCUGUUCAAACCUCACCAAACAGAUAUCUUCCAGGGUUCAAGUACAACUGGCCCCUCCUGGUGGACUAUCCUAUACACAUGAAACCAAUCCAGUUAGGACCAGUUACACCCUUUAGUCAAGUAUUUGCUCCUUCUCCCUUUCCUUACAAUGGACCAACCACAGAUGAUACAUCUGCCUCCUUAAACCAUCUGAGUGAAGAGAGAAAGAAGCAUCCACACAUUUCAUCUCUUCCAGAUCUUAGAUCUUGGAUUGGGAACCAACCUGGAGUAGCAACUCAUCCUCCCUUGUAUCACAGAGCUUCUCCUACUCCUCAUAUCUUCUCCUAUACACCUAAACCGUUCCUAGCUGUUUCUCCGACCUCAACUCCGUUCCUGGCCUUCUCUCCAACACACUCUGUGUUUCUGAAACACUCUCAACAUCUUUCUCCAGUUCCUAUCUUUCAACCAUCCCCCCAUCAUUCUACAGGAGAAAUUCAUGAGAGAAUUAUUACUCCGCAACCUAUCUUCGAUUUUACGGUAGCUCAAGAAGUUAAAACUCCGGAACCGAAACCUAAAUUGAACAUUAUAAACUUCUUCCCAGAUCCUCCAACCAAUCAAGAAGUGAUGCCAUCCCAACCUUCCCAUCCAGUCCACCCAACCGAACCUUCUCAUUUAGUCCACCCAACCCAUCCUUCUCAUCCAGUCCAGCCAAGCCAUCCUUCUCAUUUAGUCCACCCAACCCAUCCUUCUCAUCCAGUCCAGCCAACCCAUCCUUCUCAUCUAGUCCAUACAACCCAUACUUCUCAUCCAGUCCACCCAACCCAACCUUCUCAUCUAGUCCACCCAACCCAUCCAUCUCCUCAAAACCAUCCAACUCCUUCUCUAAUCCAGGAUCAUUCAACACCACCAUCACACCCAAUACAUCAAAUUGAUCAAAUUCCGUUCGUCCAUCCAACCCCAGAAGCAAUUCAUCCAACCCCAUAUCUCCAUUCAGACCAAUCUUCCCAUCCAAUUCAUCCCAUCCAUCCUUUAACUCCAACCCAAUCUUCUCAACCCGUUCUACCAAUCCAACUUCUCGAGUCACCAAACCCAUCUCAUUCAAUCAACCCUAUUCUUCUACCUCUAUCGUCAAACCAUAACCAAAAUAAAAACUUGUUUCAACCAAUCCAAAUCUCAUCAUCUCCCAACCCUGCCAUUGAACCUGUAGCAACAACUUUUCGUCCUAUUGCUCCCGAGGAGUUUAGAACCCCUGAGUUCAAAAAACAGAAUCCAACUUUUCAGGAACUUUUUAUCUUCAAUCCUAGAGCCUUACUUGUAAACAAGGAGACGAAUCCAGAGCAAUUUGGAGUAAAUAGGGAUCAACUUACUACUAGUAGGGACCUGGAUAUAAAGCUGGAAUCUGCAGAUAACCAUGUUUUCUCUCCAGUUCAAGCCACUAGGCUACAUGAAGAACAAGGAAUCAAAAUAACUCCCGGAGAAAACCUUCAACAACCCAUAGAGGAUGGAUUCUCCGUAGUGAGAGCUCCUACUCUAGAAACCAACCUAACUCCAGAAACUACAACUCAGAAGCAUGUUGAUGCAGAAACCAAAAGACUUCAAAGAAAGAAACUUUUAAUUAAGAAUCCUGCCAGAAAACGAAGGAGAAGAGUUUUAAAGAAUCCAAACACAGAAACCCCGUCAUCUGAUCUAACACAAGAGACAACCACCACAACAACUUUUAGGACCACAGAAGCAACAACAUCAAUGAUGAUGAUUCUUCCUACAAGAACAGGAAGAAGGUUGGGUAGAUUCAAGAGAAGAAAGGGAAAGAGGAAGGAAUACUCAACGGAAAGAAUAAACUCUAGGGAAGAAAUAGGAUCAAGAAGAUCAGAUGAAUCAAAGAAUGAAUUCCAAAACAGUAUAGAAACAUCAACCUGGAAGUAUGAAAAAGAUAAUUCUGGAUUCACAAAAUUUGAAAACUUUACUCCUAGACCUGAUAUGAAAAAGAAAUCUUCUGUUAAUCUAAGAGACAGUUUUGAAAUGGAUGUUGAUGCCAGAGUUAGAGAGCUUACGGAGAGCAUCAUGAAGCUACGAGAGGAAAUAGCUCUGCUUCAGGCUCGAUUAUAAUCAGUCAAGCUGAAUCAAUAAUUGUUACAUAAAACAUAAUUUAAUACAGUUUGCUAUUUACAAAUAGCUGUUAAGAUUUUAAGCAGCAUUAAUUUAUUCAAGCACUGCCAAGAAUUAUGUUCAUAGAAAAGCUUUUUUUAAUUGACAGCUUCUCUUGACUUCUAUGUUUAGGUGAAUCUACGCUGUUUAACAGCAUGAUAUAAAUUAAAAUUAAAAUCGAAAGUUGUCUUCAAUUCUUCAUUGUAUUGAUGUAUUCGCCUACCACUGUAUCUCACGUAUUAAAGUUUUAAAAUCAUGUUUCAUUCUAUAUACUCUGUUUUUAAUGCUGCAUUGUAACAAUUACCUUUUUUAGUCUAGUCAUUAAUGUCGGGCAUUAUGCUUAAAGCUAAAUUACCUUCGUAUUCCUUAUAGGAAAUAUUUGUGAUAUUGUCUUCACAGAUAUCAAAGAUUGAACUAGAAAGGAAGACAUUGUUUUACGAGAAUAAAUUAAUUUUAGUUGACAAAAAAAUUUCCACAAACGUUUAAGUUACAUAAAAGUUUCAGACCUAAAUGAUCGUCUCUCUUGUCCUAGCUUUGUAAUC